AUUGGCCGACAUAGAUACGUACAACCUCCACGGUGCCCGAUUUCAGCGAAUAUCACGGUAAUUUAAUAUUGUUGAAAGUGUUGACAACAAAUGACUAAUUUAAUAUCAACCAUUGUAUCUGUGUAGGUCUAAUACUAUCGUUGUUCCUAUUUAUUUUGUAGCAGAUUUUCCUCGGCAACGUAUUUCAAGUCCCUAGCAAUGCGUUCUACCUUUAUUUAUCUACUCAGGAGUCACAACAUAUUAUUGGCCCUGUAAAAUGUGCAUUUUCUUUUGUGCGAUAGACCCAUAAUAAUAACUAUAUUACAUUACAUUAUUUAUUCUCAUCCGUUUACUUUAAGUCCAGUAGUUCGUCUAAACAAAACGUGUAGUUUUUCCAUGUCCAGCUCAAACACGGUAAAAAAAAUCACUGUGACGACCUCGGUCACUCACAAGCCAUGUCCCAAGUCAAAGAGAAAACGGGAUCGGAACGAAAGCGGCCCGUCGAAGAUUCUAGUCCACCAGGGUGGACUGUUAAGGAUGGCUAAGGCCGUUAUGGGUGUUGCCGUGGCCGUUCUCGACACGGCGGAGGAAUCCGUUCUCAACAACACAGCUUUCAUCCCGAUUAAGGUGGUGUACGAAAGCGGUAGCGGCGUAUCGAAAAAUACGUCGGCGUAUCCACCAGUGCCUCGGCACGACUCGAACAGUUCAUGGGGAAAGGUACCGUUAGCUCCCGUGCUGACGCUGAGCGUCGUCGACGACGUCGUCACCCUGGAGUGGGACGAGCGGUCGACGGCAUCGAUGCUUCCAAAAUACGCGCGCGUCGCGGGCUACGAGCUAUUCGGAUACCGCGGCGAAACACCGUCGAGCGAGGGGUGGAAAAGGAUACGAUACUUCAAGGCCGGUCGGUUGCCCAUGAAAUGCAAGUUGCUGUACCGAAGGAGGGACGUCGUCCACAACUAUGCGGUGCGCGCAGUAGACGUGCACAAUAGAUGCGCCCCCUGCUCCGUUGUGAAGACGCUACCGUCGGACAGUUAUUGAACGUCGCCAAGUAGUGUACUUACCCACCACAGUUCUACUUAAAACCAUAGCUUCACCUAUCCGCCCGUGCAUUACU